CAGACACACAAUUCCUGUGAGAGAGAUAGAGACAUAAUUAAAAAAGUGCGACUUACGUAUUUAGUACACACAAAUCGAUCUAUAGAACCAUCAUUUGUCAUAUUUUAAUGACAAAAACAUCGUAUUUAUGAUAUGGAAAGAUCAUGAAACUUAACCAACAGCUUUCCUUUUCUCCGCCAUAAGUGUAUUGCUCUUCUCCAUAGCGGCGUUGCAAAACCCCAAUGCAUGCCGCCUUCUUAAAACCUACAUUGCAUUUUCCAUUCUUCUCCUUCCUUUUUUUUAUUUACAAAUUUUCUUCAGCAGAUCUAACAAUAUUUCUAAAAUACCGUAAAAAAUCAUUCCCAAAGUAACAAAACUAGCCGAGAUUUUGGCUUAAAAAAGAUCCUUAUUCCUCACCUAUAGCUAACUGUCUUCACUACAAUAGAAUUGUACCUUCUAAAGCUUAACACAUAUUUUGCUAUCUUUUGUUCAGCUCGACUAAUAUUUUGCCAUCUUUUUAUUUUUUUUUUCCUUUUUUGUUUGGCAUUUUUCUUUUUGGGUUGCAAAAAAUGACAAUGAAACUGACCCAGAAAGAAAAAGAUUCAGAAAAAAUAAUUUGGGAUCAAAUGAGAAGCUCUUCUGGUACACCUUUUUCGAUUAUUGCUGUGCCUAAACUCAUGGUAUGGCUUAUACUUUUUGUAUCAGCUACUUAUGUUGUUUACACUCUUAAGCUUCUUUCCUCUUCUCCACCUUGUAACGACGACGUUUUCACCCACAGCAGCUCUAAUAUUUUGCCAAUUAUUCACUCACAAAUCAACUCCAAUGCAUCAGUUGGUGUAGAUAAAGCAAGAUUUUUACAAGAAAAUAAAGUGGUGAAAACUGAAUUAGAGCACGUAGUUUUUGGCAUUGCAGCUUCAGCCAAGCUGUGGAACAAGAGGAAAGAAUAUAUUAAGCUAUGGUGGAAGCCCGAGAAGAAAAUGAGAGGGAUUGUUUGGUUGGAUAAUUCAGUGAAAAUAUUGAAAAACGAAACUGAUUCACUCCCUGAAGUGAGAAUUUCAGGUGACACUUCACAUUUUGCCUAUAAAAACCGGCAGGGGCACCGGUCGGCGAUUCGAAUAUCGAGGAUUGUUUCGGAGACAUUAAGGUUAGGGAUGGAAAAUGUGAGGUGGUUUGUAAUGGGUGAUGACGACACUGUUUUUGUAACGGAUAAUUUGUUGAGGAUAUUGAAUAAGUACGAUCAUAAUCAAUAUUAUUAUAUAGGGAGUUUAAGUGAGAGUCAUUUGCAGAAUAUAUAUUUUUCUUAUAGUAUGGCAUAUGGGGGUGGUGGUUUUGCAAUUAGUUAUCCUUUGGCUAAGGCUCUUGAUAAAAUGCAAGAUAGGUGUAUACAAAGGUAUCCUGGACUUUAUGGUUCUGAUGAUAGAAUGCAGGCUUGUAUGGCUGAACUCGGUGUUCCACUCACCAAAGAACUCGGUUUUCACCAGUACGAUGUGUACGGGAACUUAUUCGGGUUGCUAGCAUCACAUCCUGUAGCACCAUUGGUAUCAUUGCACCAUCUUGAUGUGGUGGAGCCAAUCUUUCCCAAUGUGACUCAAGUGCAGGCUUUAAAGCAGCUUACAGUUCCAAUGAAACUCGACUCAGCUGGUAUUAUGCAGCAAUCCAUUUGCUAUGACAAAGUUAAUAGUUGGACUAUUUCAGUGUCGUGGGGAUUUGCAGUACAAAUAUUUCGUGGAGUUCUGUCUCCCCGUGAAAUAGAAAUGCCAUCAAGGACUUUCUUAAACUGGUAUAGAAGAGCAGAUUACAAGGCAUAUGCUUUUAACACAAGGCCUGUUAUGCGUAACCCGUGUCAAAAGCCUUUUGUAUUUUACAUGUCAAGCGCAAAAAUGGAUUCUUCCGGCAACCAGACUUUGAGUCAGUAUACUCGUCAUCGAAUUCCUCAUCCACUAUGCAGAUGGAAAAUGGCUAACCCUGCCGAUGUUGAGAGAAUACAGGUUUACAAGAAGCCAGACCCCCACUUAUGGGAUAGGUCUCCAAGGAGGAAUUGUUGCAGAGUCUUGAGCUCAAAGAAGAAAAGCAUGGUGGUGGAUGUGGGUGCAUGUAAGGAAGAUGAAGUCAGUGAAGUAUUAUGAUGCAUAAUGUGUCAGCCCAUCCUUUUAUUCUAUCUUCUGCUGCCCAAUUUACUGUCACCUCUAUUUCUUCAUUAAUUUAUUGAACUUAUUUUCUUGGAUUUCCAAGUUCCACUUAUAGCCACUUGGGGAAAAAAAUAGCUAUUGUAAAAUGUCUUAGUUGUAUACUUGACAUUCUUAAGUGAGGUUAGUAUAGCAUAGAAUUCUGUAAUUUUUUAAUAAUAUUAAUCCCUUUUCUUGGGUU